GAAAAAAAACCCUAGUCCCGUGACCUCCACCACCCUCUUCACUCUCCAUUUUUUCACUCCCACAACUCUUCACCAUCACCCCGACUCAUCCUUCUCCAUCUCUGCUGCAACUGCGGUAGCCGCCGCCGUAUUCUACGUAAGCAUUGCCGUGUGUCGAGUUAGGUCGCAGUUUUCAUCAUUUCCAUGGCGGUCGAUAAACUUCUGAAAGAUGAAGCCAGCGAAGAGAAGGGAGAGCGUGCUAGAAUGGCAUCAUUCGUUGGCGCUAUGGCAAUUGCUGAUUUGGUUAAGACAACAUUAGGACCAAAGGGGAUGGAUAAAAUUCUCCAAUCUACUGGGAGAGGACGGCAAGUCACUGUCACCAAUGACGGUGCCACCAUUUUAAAAUCUCUCCAUAUCGAUAACCCAGCUGCCAAAGUUCUCGUCGAUAUUUCAAAAGUUCAAGAUGAUGAGGUGGGUGAUGGUACAACCUCAGUUGUUGUUUUGGCUGGAGAACUUCUAAGGGAAGCAGAGAAGUUGGUUGCUUCAAAGAUUCACCCAAUGACAAUUAUAGCAGGUUAUAGAAUGGCUGCAGAAUGUGCUCGUAAUGCCUUGCUGCAGAAAGUGGUGGAUAACAAAGCAGAUAUAGAGAAAUUUAAAUCAGACUUGAUGAAGAUUGCAAUGACUACUUUGAGUUCCAAAAUUCUCUCGCAAGACAAGGAGCAUUUUGCUAAAUUGGCAGUGGAUGCUGUAAUGAGGCUAAAGGGGAGCACAAACUUAGAGUCAAUUCAAAUUAUCAAGAAACCUGGAGGAUCAUUGAAGGAUUCCUUUUUAGAUGAAGGGUUUAUUCUUGACAAGAAAAUUGGUAUUGGCCAACCUAAACGCAUAGAGAAUGCCAAAAUUUUAGUGGCAAAUACUGCUAUGGAUACCGACAAAGUUAAGAUUUAUGGUGCUCGUGUUCGUGUUGACUCGAUGUCAAGAGUUGCUGAGAUUGAGGGUGCUGAAAAGGAAAAAAUGAGAGAGAAGGUGAAGAAGAUAAUUGGUCAUGGAAUCAACUGCUUUGUUAACAGACAGUUGAUCUACAAUUUCCCAGAGGAACUAUUUGCAGAUGCUGGAAUACUUGCUAUUGAGCAUGCUGAUUUUGAUGGCAUUGAACGUCUGGCUUUAGUAACUGGUGGUGAAAUUGCUUCAACUUUUGACAAUCCCGAAUCUGUGAAACUUGGAUAUUGCAAGUUGAUUGAGGAGAUUAUGAUUGGCGAGGACAAACUGAUCCAUUUUUCAGGUGUGGAAAUGGGUCAGGCUUGUACAAUUGUGCUGAGGGGUGCAAGCCAUCACGUCCUUGAUGAGGCUGAAAGGUCUCUGCAUGAUGCCUUAUGUGUACUGUCUCAGACGGUCAAUGACAGCAGGGUCGUGCUUGGAGGUGGAUGGCCAGAGAUGAUCAUGUCAAAAGAAGUGGAUGAGUUGGCUAGGAAGACUCCCGGGAAGAAAUCACAUGCUAUUGAAGCAUUUUCGCGGGCUCUACAGGCUAUUCCAACAAUUAUUGCUGAUAAUGCUGGGUUGGAUAGUGCUGACUUGAUUGCUCAGCUCCGGGCUGAGCAUCACAAGGAGGGUUGCAAUGCAGGGAUUGAUGUCAUCUCUGGAUCGGUAGGAGAUAUGGCAGAACUUGGUAUUUCAGAAGCAUUCAAAGUCAAGCAAGCCAUAUUGCUUUCUGCAACAGAGGCAGCUGAGAUGAUCCUUAGAGUUGAUGAAAUAAUCACUUGUGCCCCUCGGAGGAGAGAAGAUAGAAUGUAAAAGAGUGCAGUGUGUCUAUUUGUAGGUGGCAGUGGCAGACAUCGUCUCUUUAAGGGCUGUUGUUAUCUUAUGCCAUAUUUAUUAUUGCCAUCAGUGUUAGUGCUGUGAAUGUUUGUUACAUGUAAGGUUGGAUUUUGUAGGGAGGUUGCAUUUUCUUGCAAGAAUUUUGGGUUUCUUUUACUGCCAAAUUUUUGUGAUCAGUGUGGGUGUAAUGUCAUUCAUUCAUCGACUGAUAAUAGGGCUGGGAAGUUCGGUUCAUGAGACUGCAGCGGAGUGGAGCCAGCCACGACACGAAGUUCCUUAUCUAAGCUGGAUUUCACUGGUGUGUUAUUUGGGUUUGGCUACCUUAUUCUUGUGUUUUUUUACCUAUUUUCCCCCGUUCUUUGCCAAAGGAUGUUUGUGCUGGUGUCCAAGAUUCAUCUCGGAUUCUGAGUUUUUUAAAAUUUAAGGUAAAAGGUGCAGCAGCGAUCUUUUCUUUCAUUCUAAACUUCUGGAAUUUGAAUCCUCUCACCCGAGAGGUCUAAUCAGGCUUCUGUACUUUGAACUUUAGUUUCAUUUUAAUGUGUAGUUUUUCUGUGUUUGAAAUGAA